AUGGAGGCCUUUUCGUUCUCCAGAACACUUGGCUCCGCGGUUGCCAUCAUAGCCAGCUUAGGACCGCUGGCCGCUGCGUUGAGCGUUUCAGGAAAUCCUUUGGCUACUUCGGAUCAGCGAGAUCUCGAUGGGCUGGCAAUCGAGAUUUACCAGGGCAACAGCUUCCCUGUUCUGAAAGCAGAAGCAAAAGCGGCCUACAAGACGGCUCACGGGUCGCCUAUUAGCGACGAAGCCUCCUCGAGCCUCGACGCGGCAAUUGAAGAACUCAUAUUCAGCUCUGUCCAGAAGGCCGUGAACAACGACCCAUACUAUCCAAAAGUCUAUUGGGUCGAUGCUGGUCCGCGGGACUGGUUCGAUCUUGAGGUACCUGGGGGCCGCUACUCCUACGACAACCCAGACUGCAUCUAUCGCACUAUUCCAAUCAGCUCCGACGUGGACUAUAUUGUGACCGGCUAUCGCCACACACCAGGCCCGACCGACGUCAGCUUCUCCCUAAUUAGCGACCCCAACUCCCAGAAUACUGUCGCCUACCUUGCCGGCAGUGAUCUGGUUAUCGAUAGCGAUGGUUCGUAUAGUAUCACGAUCAACAGUUCUGCCGCGGACGGCCAGUCGAACCAUAUCCAGUCAACCAGUUCAGCCGUGCAACUCUUGAUUCGAAACAACCUUGGAGACUGGCUGUCCGAGACACCGGACAACAUCACCGUGGAGGCAGUCAGUGAUGUGACAGGUCACGACGCCAUCACCAACGCCCAGAUCCUCGUGGAUGCCAAAUGGAACCUGCAGGAAUCCAUCGUCGACUACGGAGUGGGGGCACUGGGGCUCAAGACAUCAAUCUAUGCGGUGAACACGCUCUCCACGCCGAGCCAGUCCAGCACCCUCGGCACCCUGACGACCCAGGCGAGCUCAUUCGGGCACUUCAACCUCACCGACGACGAGGCGCUCGUCGCCACCCUCACGCCCGGCGCGGCAGACUACUUCGUCUUCCCCGUGACAGAUCCCUGGCUGGUGACCACUGACCCCGCCAGUCAGGUCAGUCUGAACAGCAAGCAGUCCGUCGCUAAUAACAAUGGCACCUACACGUUUGUCGUGUCUGUCGCGGAUCCCGGGAUCUACAACUGGAUCAACACCACCGGUCUACAUGAAGGAACGAUCAUGGUGCGCUGGCAGGGGCUGAGCUCGUCGUCGAGCGACUCUGUUGCUAUUCAGGUUCAGACCGUCGCGCUUUCGGACCUGCCCUCCGUCCUUCCCAGCGAAACCCGUUAUGUGACUGCACAGGAGCGCGCGGUGCAGCUGGCGGAUCGAGUUGCCGGGUAUGCUUUGCGGUUGGAAUAUUGA